CUUUCUCUGUUUACAAACUCUCCAUCCUUUACGCAAAGAAUCCCAUUCUUCUACUUCUCUCUUUUUGUCAUUUUACGACAUAUAGAACCAUAUAUUUAUAUGUUCCUGCUCCUAGUUUCUCUUCAACAUAAACCUUUUGUCCACCGUUUUUUCUCUGCCCUUAAACUCGUAGAAGCGAAUUACAAGGAACUGCGUGAGGCCAUUUUAUUCCUCAAGAGUUUGUGUGAUGACUAAUGUUGUCGAGAUGAAAGUGAACUUGCAUUGCGAUGAAUGCAUCAGGAAAAUACUGAAAGCCAUUAAGAAAAUAGAAGAUAUAGAGACGUACGAUGUGGACACACAGCUCAAUAAGGUGACGGUCACUGGGAAUGUAACAGAGGAACAAGUCAUUAGGGUUCUUCAGAAGGUGAGGAAAACUGCUGUUAAAUGGGACCAAGCCAAUCAAACCCUCUUUGCCAACUAGAGUCUUUGAGCAUAGUUAGGUGACUAUAUGUAUCUGUGCUCAAUUUUGUCCGUUGUUUUCAUGCAUUUGUUGCAGAAUCCAUGAGGAUUAACUACAGAACACUACGUAAAUCCAGUAAAAUUCAUUAUCGUACGGUUUGUAUGCAUACUAAUAAAAUGAGAUUUAGACAAUGUC